AUGAAUCUCUUAAAAUCUCUUGAUGCCUUUCUUACUACUUACCAUAACUAUUUUCCUAUUGCCCGUUCUAUUACUCGUACUUUACUAUUAAUUUUACCAAAAUCUACAAAAAUCCCUGAACGUUUAAUUUCAACUAUUCUUGAAUUACUUGAAAUCCAUCAUGUUAUUAUUUCUUCUCCACCUACUUUCCCUUUAAAUUCAUUGGCAUUAACAAGUGCAAUGACUAUAAUUUCUCCUUAUGUAGAAUCAUUAUUUACUAAUACUAAAAUGAAAUAUUUAUUCUUAUUUCCUAUUCAAUCCUUACGAGUAUAUUAUUCUAUUCAAUACUUUCUUAAAAGUGGUUUUUCUCUUAUUCCUUCAACAAAUACAAUGAAAUUACAAUUAACAAGUAAACAAUCAAUUUCUACUCUUUUAACGUUACAAAAUAAGACUCUUAGAAUUGUUUCAGAAUUAAUACAUUCAUUCAAACCUAUCUUUGUUUUAAUAAGUUUCAGUGUAUUUGGAGAUAACAGUUAUGUUCCACUUUUUAUUUCAUUUAUUUUAUCAUGUGCAGAGUUUGUUUGUUUAUACAAAAACUCAUCAACAUUUUCUUCAUCAGAACUAUCUAUUUAUCAUCAACGACUAACACGUAUAUGGGUCUUUUUUAUAUUUCCUGUGGUAGUGAAUGCUUAUCGUUGUAAUCCAACAAUACAACAUUUAUUAAAAACAAAAAUACCAGGAAUACAUUAUAUAUUAAGUUUGUUGUUUUUAUUAAAUUAG